AUGCCAGGCUUCGCAGAUUCGUUCUGGUCAUCCGGCGACUAUGCUGGAGGCCUUGGUGUUUUGUUUGGUAAACUUCAGCAGGGCGUGGCAGAGAACCAGCAGAUUCUUACCAUUGCGCGGAUGCGAGCUGAAGCCGAGGAUGUUUAUGGGAUGAAACUGGGUGAAAUAGGACCGGCCACAGAUAGGAUAGCUGGCGGAUUCUCCCGCGAUGAUGGAGCCAGUGUGCGGAAGGCCUACGAUGGUGUCCGCACUGAAAUGGAAGAGGCCGCUAAGAACCACCGAAAGAUUGCCCAGAGCAUUAGAGAUCUUGUCGUUGCGCCUUUCACGAGGUGGUGCGACGCACACGAGUCCCGACUACAGAAUUCCCAAGACGAGCUGCAGUCACAUAUCAAGACGCACGAUAGGCAGGCCGAGAUUGUCAAGAAGCUGAGGAGUCAGUACUUCAACAAAUGCCGGCUAGUCGAAGAUAUUGAGGAGGAGAACAAGCUGGCCUUCCAAGAUCCAGAAAUGAGUCCGAAACCAAAAAUACCCGAGAUCAAAGUUCAGGACAAGGAGGAAGAGGAAGAUGAGCCACUCGAGAUUGCCGAUGAAUUCUACCAGCCAGAGCAGGUGCGCAAAAUUCUGACGCACAUCCUGCAGACUGUGAGGCUCGGCGAGACCAAGGUUGCAAUUCUGGGCACAUACACGAACACCACACCAGGAGCGGAUAUCGUGGACUACCUCCAGAAGCACAUGGGCGCGACUAGCGUCAGCCAUGCUGAGAGGAUUGGACAGGACCUUAUUGGUCAUGGAUUCUUAAGACUGAUUGGCAAUGUAGGAAAUGAGUUUGCCAAUAGUUCAAAGAUGUCUUACCAAUGGAAGCCAAAAGCUUUCCAGUGGGCGGGUGUUCCGGAGAAGAAGCAGCCUCUUGGUCGAACAUUCUCGCUCGCCAACAGUGAUACACUGGAAUCUCCAGUAGUCGGAACUGUUACCGAGUACCUAGCUGGUUGGAAUCCUUUGAACAGUGCCUAUCCCAAUGAAACACCAGGCGACCGUCUUCGCAGAGAAGCCGCUGAGGCAGACCAAAGAUAUAAAGCCGGUGUCCGAAAGCUUGACCUAUACCGAUGUCAGAUGGAAGAAGCUAUUAUUGAGCAUCUGAGAUAUCUAGAGCGCUGCGAGCUGGACAGAUUAAAGGCCAUGAAAACGAUCAUCUUGGACUUUUCCGGUACUAUUAGCAACGUCAUUCCAAGUUUGCAAUCUACCGUGGACAAAAUGAUGCUCUAUCAGGAAACUGUCCAGCCGCUUGGAGAUCUUCGAUAUCUCCUUGAGAAUUACCGAACGGGUGGUUUCGCCCCAAAAGUUACUGUUUACGAGAAUUAUUAUAACUCUGCCGACGAACAAACCUUCGGUGUGGAUCUUGAGGCGCGUGCACGAACAGACAGGAAGCGCGUUCCUACAAUCAUUACCACUAUCUUGACAUUUUUGGACAACCGCUACCCAGAUCUUGAAGGCGAUGAGGCUCGCCGAAGCGUCUGGCUCGUCGAAGUACCACUUUCACAAACUCAUCGGGUCCGAGAGGCCUUGAAUACCGGCAAGCAAUUUAGCGUUGAAACUUUGGAGCCAUUUGAAAUUCCCAUAAUUGCCAGCGUACUUAAAUUGUACUUGUUAGAACUUCCAGAUUCCCUUGUCUCGUCACACGUCUAUGAAAUCAUGAAGACCAUAUAUUCCACCCCAGCAUCUGAAUCAUCGGAUGAAACCCGCAUUUCUGUAUUGCAAAAUACGCUUAGCCAAUUACGUCUAGCUAAUAUCGCGACUCUAGACGCAUUAAUGACCCACUUCACCAGACUUAUCGAAUUGACGUCUGCAGAUGAAGCUUAUAUCGCUGCACUAGCUACCGCAUUAGCACCCUGCAUUCUGCGGCCAAGGACGGAGACCUCCAUGACUAUGGAGGAGAAAUACUCUUAUCGCCUAAUUAGGGACCUCUUCGCACAUAAAACCGCCAUCUUCAGCGAAUUGAAGCGUGCCUCAUCCUUGACGCAUAGUAUUAGUGUUGACACUAGGCCAAGAGCAAUUAGCACAGAUGAGAGCAAUCGUAAAGCCAAUUUCGAGGCGCGUCAACGUGCUGUAAUUGCCGCCAGUGGUCACAGUGGUGGUUCGCGCAGCCGAGCACCUUCUCCUGCACCAUCACCUCGUGGCCAUCGUCGAGACAGAAGCUCUGGUGGCCCGGAGACAAGAUUCCCGGUUCAGACAUCACCUACCAAUCCAAGAGAAAAGCAGACCGUCGCCAGACACAGUCUUGAGGUUCCCGGAGAUACCAUCGUUGCCUCUACUGAUGCAACUGCAGCCCCUGUUUCCUCAUCGGCGCCUCUCCAGAGUAUCACCAACGGCUCAUCAGAUACCACGACCACCAGUGCAACGUACAUGCCAGGAAUGGACGACGGUAUGAUGAAUGAAGCCAUCAGCGCCGAGAAGAAUUCUGUCGAGAAACGGAAUAGCUUAGGCAGAGCGCCUGCAGCUGUGGGUGGACGAUUUGGUGGUCGAAAGCCAGUAGCCUUACGCAUGGGGCAAAACCACGACCAAUCGAAACGCGACAGUGUUGGCAGUAUGAGUGGAUAUGACGAUGGAGUCGGGGAGAAGUUUGGCGUUACUCUUGUUGACAAGCCCAUGGAUGAUUAA